AAAAUAGAAGAAAAAAAAGGAAGAAAGAAGGAAAUACCUUCGCACAACCGCACAUUCGAAGAUUGCCAAGAUAAUCGAAGUAUCAUAGGGUCGCCAUAUUGACACUUCGUCAAUGUGGGUAUUUGUCGCUUAAGUUUUCGCUGGAAGUGUGCAUCGCAUCGCGGUCGGACCGAAGACACCAUUCUUGCUCCGUUUUGUGGUGCUCGCAAAACCCGUACACCGUCGAAGAAUGAGUCAUUACAGUAUCCGCUAAUGUCCUACAGAGUGUCUCUAGGAACCCGUGCUACUGUGUCGCGCUGAACGAGGAGGGUGGGAGAGACAUCGAAUCUUUGAGCCGUUUGUUUGGACGACAUAACAGUGCUUCAAGCCACACGCGGAACAACACCACCACCAAUCAACCGCAAGUGUCGACGGCUGCGAACAAAAAAAAAAAAACACCGUUCGGCGCACACCAAGGGCAACAACUGCUGCGUGCACUACUACACCUUUCGACCGUUCCGAAACCGAAAACAGCAAUCAAUCCCGCAACACCACCCCAUUUGCCAUCAAUCCAACACAUUAGACGGGACGGGACACGGGCGGUGGGCGACGUAACUGCAGGGCGGCUUGGUGUGAACACGGAGCGAACAGCGACAGCGACGAGCAAGAUGAACGAUUUCAUCGUGGCCGGCAAGUACCGCAUCAUCCGCAAGAUCGGAUCGGGCUCGUUCGGCGACAUCUACCUCGGCAUCAACAUCACCAAUGGCGAGGAGGUGGCGCUGAAGGUGGAGAGCAUACUGGCCCGCCACCCGCAGCUGACGUACGAGUACAAGCUGUACAAGGUGCUGACCGGGGGCGUCGGCAUCCCGCACAUCCGCUACUUCGGGCAGGAGCGCAGCUACCACGUGCUGGUGAUGGAUCUGCUCGGCCCCUCGCUCGAGGAUCUGUUCAACUUCUGCAGCCGGCACUUCACAAUCAAGACCGUGCUGAUGCUGGUCGACCAGAUGAUCGGCCGGCUGGAGUAUCUGCACAUGAAGAACUUCAUCCACCGGGACAUCAAGCCGGACAACUUCCUGAUGGGGAUCGGGCGGCACUGCAACAAGCUGUUCCUGAUCGACUUCGGCCUGGCGAAGAAGUACCGCGACUUCCGCUCCCGCAUCCACAUCUCGUACCGGGAGGACAAGAACCUGACCGGCACGGCGCGCUACGCCUCGAUCAAUGCGCACCUCGGCAUCGAGCAGAGCCGCCGCGACGACAUGGAGUCGCUCGGGUACGUGAUGAUGUACUUCAACCGGGGCUCGCUGCCGUGGCAGGGGCUGAAGGCGACCAACAAGAAGCAGAAGUAUGAGAAGAUCUCGGAGAAAAAGAUGUCCACCCCGAUCGAGGUGCUGUGCAAAGGCUUCCCGGCCGAGUUUGCGAUGUACUUGAACUACUGUCGCAGUUUGCGCUUCGAGGAGGGCCCGGACUACAUGUAUCUGCGACAGCUCUUCCGGAUCCUUUUCCGCACCCUCAACCAUCAGUACGACUACACGUUCGAUUGGACAAUAAUGAAGCAGCGAGCGAUGCAGCAAGGCAGCAACAACCCGCCAGCGGUCACAUCCGGCGAAAACAAACGGGAAGAGCGGCGCGACAAAGAUAAGCUGUCCAGCGACACGGAUGAGUAGGAAUUUUGAAUGUUAAGCAGCAAAGCAGGGGGUAAGCAGCACAGCACCCACGGAGCGGCGCCACAUGUACAGGGUGUGUGAUUGCAGCGUGUUUUUUCAAACACACAAAAAAGGACGUGCGCGCAUGAGAAUAAGCGCGCGCGUGCGGUGCGGUGCGGGUGAAGGGGUUCAAUCGUGGUCGGGACAGAAUUGGGUGAAAACGGAAGAAAGAGAUAGAAAGAGCGAGAUGGAGAGGGAGAGAAUGAGAGAGAGAGAGAGAGAGGCAAAAAGAGAGAAAGAUCGCGACAGAGAGAAAAGAGAAUAACGAAAAAGUGGUAAAAGGGGAGCAGUAGACAAGAGAUGAUGACGCGAUAAAUGUAACAGAAGAAGAAAAAAAAAGUUUAGGUUAUAUAUGGAGCAGACUCGUUAGGUAAGGUGUCGCAUACUACAACUAGAAUUAGCAAGUUAAAUUACUUCCCGAUUAGGUACGUAACAACCCUUUGAGGAUAUGUGGGGGUGAUAUGAACUGAAAAAAGGGAAAACAACAAUAAGAAUAAAGUACACAUCCAUACACACAUAAAUACAUACACGCGACACACAUACAAACAACACACACACACAACACACACACACAUAAACACACACACAACACACACAUACACAUAAACACACACACACACACACAGCUGUAGGAUCACAGUGGCGAAAGAGGGGUUUAGCGGAGGCAUUCAAAGGGCAUCAUGGAGAAAGAGCCGGGGCCGAGGGUCGUGCAUGCUCUGCAUAUCUUGUUUUGCCGUCUGUUAGAUGCGCAGAGUAGUUAUAUCCAAAUCCUCAAAGAUUGUUUGAACGGAAUCCUUUUCUUAACACCAUUCGGGCCCCAUUCUUAAACCGAUCGGUGCAGAGAUAGCUGAGGCACACAGAGAAGAUGGGCGUAAAACUUCUCAACACACGGCAACGAUAUAUUUAUUUGUUUACACUCCCCCCCCCCCCCCCCCCCCCAUAAAUGAGCUGACAAUGUUUUGAUAAGUUUAAACAAAAAGAAAAAAUUGCAAAUGUUUCUGCAGCAGCUAGAAUUUCAAAUGCUUUUGUUUUGUUUUUUUUUUACCUUCAAGAAAAUGAUGAAUUCAGUGCUGGAUCAUGUAAGGCAGCCAAAUAUUUUUCUUCUUUCCUUUUCUCCCCUCCUUCUCCGUACUACGCGGAGUGUAAGCUAAGGGCAACACAGAUUGUUACGAUGUAAAACGAAAGAAACAGGAGGAAUCGUUUGAAGAAACACCAAACACGCGUAACCGAGCGUUGCAAAUUGAUUUUCAGCAACUUCAAGCUGGUGCGCACCUCUUGUAAAAAAACAAAAAAAAAAACAAAAGCAAAGAUAAACCGUGUGUGUUUGUGUAUGUGAACCAAGAGCACUAUCAAGGCUAGUUUCCGUCACUUCAUUUCUCUAUUUCAUUUCCACGAAAAUAUUGCACGGUUCGAGCCUCCGAGCCUUACACUAUCAUGAUGCCGUUCUUAGGAGGGGUUGGGGGGGGGGGGGUUUGAGCGAGGAAAACAUGUGUUCUGUAUUAUUACGUUUUUGCCAACUGCACGCUAAAUGGCGGACGUUUUGGGGUGUUUUUUCCGUAUCUUGUAUGGGAAGAAAAGCCAACCCCCCCCUCCCCCUCCACUACAUCAAUGCGGGGGGGUAGCCGAUGCAUCUUAAUUGGGAGGAGUUAGGAGACAGUUUCCUUUUCUUUAUUUUUUUUCUCAUCGCCUUAUUUGUGACAUAAUGUUGACGCGGAAAAGGGCUGUUAAUAAAAUUUUGCUACAUCAGCAUUUAGUAAAAUGUGCAAACAGUUCAACAGCAAAAAAAACACAAUGAUGGUUUAGUUUCUUUUAUUUGCUUCCUGUAAUACGAACGUCCUGAAAGUAGUAGCUCUACAUUUGUGGUUCUCUCCAGUACUCCGGUACUACGCGCUCUCUCUCUCCUACAUAGUUAACAUAGCAAUUGCGUGGCGAAGAUUUUUUAGCUGAAGGUGAGAACAACUUUUGCUCAGAUAAAUUACGGAUGACCGAAUUGCAUGCUUUGCGCCUGCAGCACACGUGUUCUGACUGACCGCACUGUCGAACGGCAGCGCCAAAACUCCCAACAGUUUCAUACAGAUCUCAAUUGCUGUGACCUAAGCCCCUGCGCAAACGGUUUGCCCACAUUUAUGCCGUCCCGAGUUUUCGCAACCGCUGUGUCUCGCCCGGAACUAGCUGUUUGACAGCAGUGCGACCCAGGUACAUUAUGGUGGUGGCGUGAAUAACCGGGUAGAAGAUAGACCUGCACAGAAAAAGACCGAACAAGCGAUGUAACUGAUGAACACUAUCGUAGGUGUCGAUCCUCACACGAAAUUUAAAACGAAAGAUGUUUAGUUUUUUGUUCGAGCGCAGUGCUUCUAAGCUGCACCAUCUACCUUUGCAUUGAACUUUCGCUGAGUGGAGAUAAUUUUACGAAAUUGUUGAACACAUGUUGUGUUAUGUGCGCGUUCUCCUGCUUCCUAGAAGGCUUGGGCAAUUCGGUUCAUUUUCGUGGACGUGAACGUACUAGUUCCUUCAUUUGGAUGAAUUUGAAUGUGAAUCGCGAUUCAUUUGUUCGUUUUAGUUUAUGAAAGUAUGGUAAAUUGUUUCAUUUCACCAGAAGAAUAUAUUUACUUUAUUACAUCUUGAAAAUUGUUUGGCAGACCAGGACAAUCUUUAUUUCGACGGGUAGGAGAUUAAAUUUGUGAACGAUCUGGUCAUACGGUUCACGCGCACAUUUGUAUUGGAUGAGAUGAACGACCUGACUUACCUAGGACGUUCUUCAUUUCGACGGGUAGGACAUUAUUUUCAUGAAUAACUCAGCACAUUAUGAUUUAUAAAGAAUCGAUGAACGGAGAUUAGAUGAACGUCGGCCGUUCGUUCUUUAGGAUGAAUUGAAUCAGUCGUACAGUUCUUGGGGUUCUUGAGGCACAACUCUACUCCCUGCAUGCCUAUCGCCUGAAGCCGCUCGGGCCCGUGUCGGUGCUCGGUCGCAAUAAUCCCGAAGGAAUAAUCGGCAAUACAGGGGUUUUACAGGGGUUCUCAUAGUUGUGGGAUACUUACUGGACUCUUUCUUAUUUGAAGUGCACUUCAUUGGUUGGAAAUUGGACUCUAUGGCACCCUUUACGGACAGGCUCCUUGGAAAUUCUGAUGGGAUUUGUCUACCAAGCGUGCUAUAGAGUCCAAUUCCCACUACAUUAAGUUCAUUUCACGUAAGAAAGAGUCAAUCAAGUGUCCCACAGCUAUGAGAACUCCUGCAAAACGCUGUAACUACAGGAAAAGUUAGGCACCGGCCCAGAGCCGUAUCACGGGCUGCGUCGCUUUUCUCCGUUUUGGAGAACUUACAGCAACGGUCGAAUGUCAUAUGCAAUAAAUAUACUGUUGGGAAAGCAAGGCAAAUAAAGGAACACUGUACGCUAUUGCUGACUUAAGUAUAAGCCCCAGGACGAGCAAUGGACGGUAACCGCAUACAGGAACAAUUCCGCAUAAUAAGUAACCGCUUAAAUCACGGAUAGGGAAGAACUAUGAGAUACAUCGGCGAUUAAGCGAUGCAAAGAUUGGUGGAUUGUCCGUUGGCUGGAAAACUGGACGAACUGCCCAAAUAGGACGGAGAAGAGGCUGAGUUUUUCUUUUUAUUACUGUACGUAGUUUAGAUUUUGUUUGACCUCGAGGAGGAGAUGCAAGAAAGAUAGCAAAACUGCAAGAUCAGCGUUCAGGAAGAGUGUUUCGAUGGAUGUUUAGAGUGAACACAGACGAGUCCCCGAUACAUCUCGAUAAGCUGGCGCAGCAACAGAACAAAUAAAGCUUAAGAAGAUCAGAGACAGCAAUGGA